UUUCUUUGAGUUUGCCAAAAAGCGAAGAACUUUUGAAUAUCAAACGUUGAAUCCACUUAACUUUCCAAAAGUCAGUCCAAUCUUUACAGCCAUGAUCCUGUCACCUACUCCGACUUUCCGACCACCAACCCCCCCUCCGUUUCACCGGAAAUCAAGCUCUCCGAGCAAACAACCACAAAGGAAGCACCUACCCUCUUUCCUCCCAUCAAAAUCGUAUCCGAAAACCCCAAAAACUCACUUCAGAGUUACCGCCUGGAAACGGUUGCCAACGGAAGGGUUAAGUCAAGAGAUGUGCGCCAUAGCUUCGCAGAAUCUGGACCAUGCGCCGGCUCGAAGACGAGUCCGGUCCGCAUUCAUCGACGUGCAUCAGCAACUUGAUCAUUGCUUGUUCAAGAUGGAUCAUGGUGGCAUCAGAACAGAGGAGUGGUAUGGAAGGAAUUCAAGGGGUAUGGAGAUUUUCUGCAAAAGCUGGUUGCCAAAAGUUGGUGAUCGAAUCAAAGGUGCUUUAUGCUUCUGCCAUGGCUAUGGUAGUACUUGCACAUUUUUCUUUGGAGGUAUCGCCAAGCGAAUUGCUGCAUCCGGAUACGCUAUAUACGCCGUGGACUAUCCGGGUUUCGGUCUUUCUGAAGGAUUGCAUGGCUACAUCCCAAACUUUGAUGAAUUAGUCGGCGAUGUAAUCGAACAGUUUACUGAUGUCAAAGGAAGAUCUGAAGUGAAAGGCCUGCCAUUCUUUGUAAUGGGAGAAUCCAUGGGAGGAGCCGUGAGUCUCAAGAUAAAUCUUAAGGAGCCGGACAAAUGGGAUGGAGUAAUCCUUGUAGCUCCAAUGUGCAAAAUUGCGGAAGACGUGAUGCCUCCGGCAAUAGUACUGAAGCUAUUAGCCCUGAUGUCUGAAGUUUUGCCUGAGGCGAAACUCUUCCCGCAGAAAGAUACAUCCGAGCUAAGCUACAGAGAUCCGAAGAACAGAAAAACGGCCGGUUACAAUGUGAUUUCUUACAAGGACAACAUGCGAUCAAGAACAGCUGUGGAACUUCUGAAGGCCACAAGUGAUAUCGAAACGCAGUUGGAUAAGGUUUCGGGCCCGGUUCUAAUUCUUCAUGGAGCAGAAGAUAAGGUGACGGAUCCUCUGGUGAGCCGGUUGCUUUACGAGAAGGCAUCUAGCAAGGAUAAAACUUUGAAGCUCUAUCCGGAUGGUUUUCACUGCAUUCUUCAAGGGGAGCCCGAUGACAGAAUUUUCACUGUUCUUGAUGACAUUGUAACAUGGCUUGAUUCCCGUUGCUCCCCCAAUUAAAAUCUUUUACUCUCAGCUGAACGUGGUAAAUGCGAUGCACUUAAAAGCAACGUAAACAAUUGUCAUGUCCCUUGUCAUAAAUCAAUGGUUAGAUGGACUGCCAACUCAUUACAGCAUUCAAGGGUUAGAUGGACUGCCAAGUCAGCUUAUAUUAGUUAGUUAGUUACAUGAAUAGCUUACUAGCUAAGAUUGUAUUUCGUGUAUAAAUAGCUGAAUAACAGAUAUUGUAAUUUAGUAAGGACAAUUCACAAAUCAAUACAGUUUCUCUCUUCAUUCU